AUGGAAGGCUUGACGCUGAGCGAUGCGGAGCAGAAAUACUACUCGGAUCUCUUCUCCUACUGCGACAUCGAGAGCACCAAGAAGGUGGCGGCCAACGGGCGGGUGCUCGAGCUGUUCCGGGCCGCGCAGCUGCCCAACGACGUGGUCCUCCAGAUUAUGGAACUUUGUGGUGCAACAAGACUUGGUUAUUUUGGAAGAAGUCAGUUCUAUAUUGCUUUGAAACUUGUAGCUGUUGCCCAGUCUGGUUUCCCUUUAAGAGUGGAAAGUAUUAAUACAGUAAAGGACCUUCCUCUGCCAAGAUUUGUUGCUUCAAAGAAUGAACAAGAAUCUCGCCAUGCAGCCUCGUAUUCUUCAGAUUCUGAAAAUCAAGGGUCUUAUUCUGGUGUUAUUCCUCCGCCACCUGGAAGGGGGCAAGUGAAAAAGGGGUCCGUAAGCCAUGAUGCUGUCCAGCCUCGUACAUCUACAGAUCAACAGGAGCCUGCGUCUCCAGUAGUUUCACCACAGCAGUCCCCACCAACGUCUCCACACACAUGGAGGAAACACAACCGUCACCCCAGUGGAGGAAAUGGCGAGAGGCCUCUUGCAGGACCUGGGCCAUUUUGGUCUCCUUUUGGUGACGCACAAUCAGGUUCUGCUGCUGGUGAUGCAAUGUGGUCAGGGCAUUCUCCACCUCCACCUCAAGAAAACUGGGUCAGUUUUGCAGAUACUCCACCAACCAGUACUCUUUUAACCAUGCAUCCUGCUUCUGUCCAGGACCAGACAACAGUACGAACUGUAGCUUCAGCUACAACUGCCAAUGAAAUUCGUAGGCAAUCCAGUAGCUAUGAUGAUCCCUGGAAAAUAACAGAUGAACAAAGACAGUAUUAUGUAAAUCAGUUUAAAACCAUUCAGCCUGAUCUAAACGGAUUUAUUCCAGGAUCUGCAGCUAAAGAGUUUUUUACAAAAUCAAAGCUUCCUAUUCUUGAACUUUCUCAUAUUUGGGAACUCUCAGACUUUGAUAAAGAUGGAGCAUUAACACUGGAUGAGUUUUGUGCUGCUUUUCAUCUGGUAGUUGCUAGGAAGAAUGGCUAUGACUUACCAGAAAAACUCCCUGAAAGUUUAAUGCCCAAGCUGAUUGAUUUGGAAGACUCAGCAGAUGUUGGGGAUCAGACAGGUGAGGUAGGUUAUUCAGGCUCGCCUGCAGAAGCACCUCCAAGCAAGUCACCAUCAAUGCCGUCACUAAACCAGACUUGGCCAGAGAUGAAUCAGAGCAGUGAGCAGUGGGAGACAUUUAGUGAACGCUCUUCAAGCUCACAAACUCUGACCCAAUUUGAUUCUAACAUUGCACCAGCUGAUCCUGAUACUGCUAUUGUUCAUCCAGUUCCUAUUCGUAUGACUCCAAGCAAAAUCCACAUGCAGGAAAUGGAACUUAAAAGAACUGGCAGUGAUCAUACUAAUCCCACUAGCCCAUUACUUGUGAAAACAUCUGACCUUUCAGAAGAAAAUACGAUAAAUUCAUCAGUGAAAUUCGCUUCUGGAAAUACUGUAGCAGAUGGUUACAGUAGUUCAGACUCUUUUACUUCAGACCCAGAACAGAUCGGGAAUAAUGUAACUCGUCAAAGGUCUCAUUCAGGAACAUCCCCUGAUACCACUGCGCCACCACCCCCCCCUCCAAGGCCACAGCCCUCGCAUUCUAGAUCGUCAUCUUUAGACAUGAAUCGGACCUUUACAGUCACCACAGGACAACAACAGGCUGGAGUUGUUGCCCAUCCUCCUGCCGUGCCUCCAAGACCACAGCCUUCACAGGCUCCUGGUCCCACAGUGCAUCGCUCAGUGGAUGCCGAUGGCAUGAUAGCUCACACUAGUACCUCACCUCAGCAGAUACCAGAGCAACCAAAUUUUGCAGAUUUCAGCCAAUUUGAAGUAUUUGCUGCAUCAAAUGUAAAUGAAGAACAAGAUGAUGAAGCUGAGAAACAUCCAGAAGUCUUGCCGGUUGAAAAAGUUUCUGAUCCUGCAAGUUCUCUUCGAGUUGCCAAAACAGAUAAUAAAAUUGAAGAAAAGACAGCUGCUAAUGCUCCUGCCAAUGUGGGCAAAGGUACAACACCUCUUGCUCCACCACCCAAACCUGUUCGAAGAAGAUUAAAAUCAGAAGAUGAGUUAAGGCCUGAAGUUGAUGAACAUACACAAAAGACAGGUGUCUUAGCUGGUGUUCUUGCAUCACAGCCUUCUAUUCCUAGGUCUGUUGGGAAAGAUAAAAAAGCUAUUCAGGCAUCAAUUAGACGCAAUAAGGAAACCAACACAGUUUUGGCCAGAUUGAAUAGUGAAUUGCAGCAACAAUUAAAGGAUGUUCUUGAGGAGAGAAUUUCCCUGGAAGUUCAACUGGAACAACUUCGACCAUUCUCUCACCUAUAA